AUGAAACUUUCUGCUGCGGUAGUUGCAAGUUGUGUAGGAUCUGGUCUGUUAGUUCCCGUACUUUUUCCACAACUGACGGGAGGAAAAUCAAAGCAUCAACUAGAGACGCCCGAUAGCGUGCCUCCCGGACUGCAAGACAACUGCAGACGAGUUAUAUUGCAAUGUGGAUUAAAUCCUAACAACAUCUCUAUAUACAUCUCUGACUCAUACAGCAGUUUCAGCAGGGGCUGGCGUCGCAACGCAGUCUUGGGUCUGUCAUGCAGGUAUCAGUUGCUACACAACCCAGAUCACCAUCUGCACAUGACUAUUGGCGGCAAACGGUUGGAUUGGCAGUCAGAGGAAGGCAAACAGAUUAGAGAAAUUGUUCAGCCUUCUCUAGAAGAAUUACAGUUUACUCUAGCCCACGAGAUUGGCCAUCUGCGUUUGUACCAUCAUUUCACAGCUUCUCUGGUCGUUCCAUUCUUUCUGUUAUCUGCACACAAAGUUUCUUUGCUGGCAGUAAAUCAAGUUGUGAGCAAAUUGAAGCAGUUAUUGAUCAGAUGCGGCGUGUAUUCGACGUUUGCUAUACUACUUUUCUGUUCUUUGAUUGGGAUUCGUCGGAUGUUGGAAUUCAGUGCAGAUUCGUAUGCUGCUUCUCAAAAUGUUGAAUAUGCUCUAGGUGGCAUUUCAAUGAUGGAAAAACAACUGCAGUUAGAGGCGAUCACUUUACAAAUGUUACCAGGUCAACAACAUCAGUACAACAACUGGCUAACACUCCAUCCAUCUUAUAACUCAAGGAUCUGCAGGUUGAAAAGAACGAUGGAAGAUAAGUACAGAGACUACAGAAACAUCUAAUUAAUUGGACCGUUGGUGUCCAUGCAGUAUUUAUCGACUUUUACGUCAUCUGUUAAUUAAGCUGUCGGACUCAAUCUCUGAAUUUUGUCUGUGAAGUCGGUGGAGAGUAGUUGAACUCUCAACCACACUACUAAAUCAUUACACCCCAUAUCAACUUCACAGUCAGUUACCCAGGUAAUUGUUAAAUUUCAAGCAUCAGUAAUUGAUAUGAACUAGGCAUGAAUUCAACCUGUUUAUACAUCGGGUUGAACCAUAUAAGGACACUAGAUGAACUGAAAGCACGUGUACAUGAGUGUCAAUAAAAUAUCAAAUAAUUACAAUCAUAA